AUGACCCCUUUAACUGUUCUUGGUGACAGUGAUGCCAUACUGAAGUAUCUGGCAACAACCUACAAUGUCCCUGAUCACUGGUACCCCAAACUGCCAGAGAAGAGAGCCCGAGUGGAUGAGUACAUGGCCUGGCAUCAUGUGAACACACGUAUGCACGCUUCCACAGUCUUCUUGCAAGAGGUUAUAUUUCCAAGGAUGGGACAGCCGACAAAUCCUGCAAAGUUUGAAAAGUCGCUGGCAGACCUGGAUGGCACACUGGACAUGCUGGAAAACAUGUUUCUGAAGAGACAGCCCUUCCUGUGCGGUGACGACAUCUCAUUGGCUGACCUGUUAGCAGUUUGUGAGCUCAUGCAGCCCCUGUGUAGUGGGAGGGACAUUCUGAAGGACAGACCCAAACUGCUGAGCUGGAGGAGUCGAGUCCAGUCAGCGCUCUCAGACUCCUUUGAUGAAGCACACUCUGUUGUCUAUCAAAUAAGGGAGAAGUUCACAGCUAAACUGUGAAAAAUCAACUCUUUAUUCACAGCAGUUAAUUCUAUAAGAUUAUAUGUCACAAAUGAAAGAUGCAUCUGUUUAACAUGGAUAUGCAGUUUGUUCAAUAUCAUGUUUGAUUAAUAUAUGGUUUGAAAAGAGGCUUAUAUCCACAAGUUUAGUGAACUUUUUUUGUGCCCAUAGUUUGUGCCGAAGGAGCAGAAAAUGUAAAAACAUUUUAUUGUUGACAGGAAUUGGUAAAAGAAUACUAUUUACAAGAGUGAAAGUGUGUGAACGUCAAGACCCAGGUUUGCUCUUGAAUGAGGGUUUUCCUUCUCACACUUGUGCCUUACCUUUCUGUGAUGAUAAAUGUCCAAUUAAAACAGUUUCAGUAAAUAAUAUGCAACUUCAUGUUGCAUAUCACAUUCACACAACACAAACAUCCUUCUAACAAAUGUUGUAAUUUUUUUAAAUUCUAGACAGUGACUUUUGAAAGCAAAUAUUUGAAAUAAUUUUCCACGAAGAGAGUGUAACCUCUGCUUUCUAAGAAAAUAAUAAACAAAUGACAAUUUUUGCAAAAUUAAAAUUUUUGACAUAUCAAUAAAAGUUGAUUGACUGA